AUGUGUCUUAUUGGUUUGUACGUGGAUGAUAUGCUGUUAGCUUGCUCUAAUGCAGGGCAGACGAAAAUUAUUUUAAAGCAGCUAAAUGAGUUUGUUGAAGCUGUAGAUAAAGGGCCGGUAUCGUUUUAUUUGGGUAUGGAAAUAGAGAGAGAUGCAUCUACCGGCGCAAUAUCAAUUCAUCAAGAACAUUAUGUGAAUCAACUUCUUAAAACAUGGGGAAUGGACUCAUGCAAGUCGGCAACUACACCUUGGGUUGAUGGCACGGUACUCAAGAAGUGUGAGAAGCAGUGUAAAGAUAUUGACGCGAUGCGAUACCAAAGUUUAAUCGGAGGGCUGAUGUACCUGGCGGUAAUAUCUAGGCCAGAUAUCGCCCAUGUUGUAUCUAAAUUAUCACAAUUUAAUAGACAUCCACAUGAAGAACAUUUUAAAGCUGCGAAGCACGUGUUACGAUAUUUGAAGCAGAGUUCAGCAGCGAAAAUAACUUAUUCAUCUACUGGCGAAAAUUUGGUGUGCUACACAGAUUCCGACUGGGCUGGUGACGUAUCUGAUCGCAAAUCAUACAGCGGUUACGUAGUAUUCAUGUCUGAUGGUCUGGUUUCUUGGGAAUCAAAAAAGCAGUCUAUCGUUGCCCUCAGUACAAUGGAGGCAAAAUAUAUAGCUCUAUGUCAAGGCGCAAAAGAUGUUGUUUUUCUUCGAGCGUUGUUGCGUGAAAUGGGGUAUGACGGAUACGUAAAUGAACCUACGAACAUGCAUUGCUGA